AGAGAGGGGCACGUGACGCACAGUGAUCAAUAACAACAGAGAUCAGCUGAUGGGCGAGUUAAGCAGCAGAGUUUAAAAGUGAUUAAACAGAAGAUGGUUUCAUAACUGCGCAGGUUGGAGCAGCGGGAGUUUUUUUUUUUUGUAGUUUGUGUCGAGAGUUUCGUCGAGAGUAGAAAAUGAGCAUCAAUGGAAAUAUUAACACAGAUCUAUAUCGUGAAUGUGCAGCCGGGGACCGCGCAGGCUGCGAAACAACGCCUUUAUUAACUAAUGGACCAGUGCAGACCAGAGCCAAAGGAGCCUCCUUCGCCUCCUCUGUGUUUAACCUGAUAAAUGCCAUCAUGGGCAGCGGUAUACUGGGUCUAGCUUAUGCCAUGGCUAGUACUGGAAUAGUUGGGUUUUGUAUCCUGUUGAUAGUAGUGUCCACCCUGGCAGCGUAUUCUAUACAUCUCCUUCUGACGCUAUGUGACCAAACAGGUAUCAAUUCAUAUGAAGACCUUGGAGGUAGAGCCUUGCAAAAGCCAGGAAAAGUUAUGGUUGGAAUUGCUAUCGUCAUCCAAAAUAUUGGUGCCAUGUCAUCCUAUUUGUUCAUCUUGAAGUCGGAGCUUCCUGCAGCCAUCGACAGCUUCUUGAGCGCAGACAGCACAGGAAAUCCCUGGUAUGAAGAUGGCAGGUUGCUUCUGAUCCUAGUCACACUAUGUGUUGUUCUACCUCUGUCAAUAUUGCCUAAAAUCGGCUUCCUGGGCUAUACCAGUAGUAUUGCCUUUUUCUUCAUGCUGUACUUUGCAGUUGUGAUUGUGGUCAAGAAAUGGUCCAUCCCUUGCCCACUGCCUCACAAUGUGACUACCCUUUCUGGUACCUUCCAGAUAUCAAAUUCCUCUGACUCAGAAUGUACACCCAAGCUCUUUGUCAUCUCCAGUAAGAGUGCCUAUGCCAUCCCCACCAUGGCCUUUUCCUUCCUGUGCCACACAGCUAUCCUGCCGAUCUACUGCGAACUGGACCGACCGACCAAGAGCAGGAUGCAGAAUGUUACAAAUAUCAGUAUUAGCCUCAGCUUUCUGCUUUAUCUAAUUUCUGCAUUGUUUGGCUAUCUCACCUUCUAUGCUCAUGUGAACUCUGAGCUGCUGCUUGGUUACGACAUCUAUAUGCCUCGAGACAUCAUGGUGAUGACUGUUCGAUUGGCCAUCCUACUCUCUGUGUUGCUGACUGUGCCCCUUAUUCACUUCCCUGCCCGUAAGGCUGUGAUCUUGCUGCUGUUUGGAGGACGUCCCUUCUCCUGGCUGAUUCACAUCAUUGCAACUCUAAGCAUCCUGGGUGUGGUGCUGCUGAUGGCCAUCUUUGUGCCUGAUAUCAGAAAUGUGUUUGGCGUAGUGGGAUCGACAACAUCCAGCUGCCUGUUGUUUGUUUUCCCUGGCAUUUUCUACCUCAAGAUCAGCAACCGAUCCCUCAGAUCAUUUGACUCCAUUGGGGCUUUACUUCUCGUGGUCUUUGGUUUGAUUAUGGGACUCAUCAGCUUCUCUGUCAUUGUCAUCACAUGGGUGCAGGAGUCUUAACCCUCUCUGGGCCCCACAUUAAGCACAAGAGCAAAGAAAGGGAAAAGCGUGCCAAAGAAACUGAAUACUGGAUAAAGGAAGGGAACAGACAGAUGCUAAUCAGCAUCACCUCAGGCAGAUUAUUUAUGGUAAAGUUCUUCUCAACACUAGACUAGUGUUUCUUUUUCUGUACUUUCUAACUCACAAAACCAAACCCAGCACAUACCAACCGAAAGAAAACGGGGACUUUCUACUCCCUUUUACACAUCUUUCCUACAUGCAGACUUUUAGACUUUUUCAGGAAAAUCUGUUUUUUUUUAUUCUGCCUUGAACAAAAAUAGACGAGGCUUACUGCAAAACAUAACAAUAAAAUAAAGGGUCAAGCAAGUUGUCAAUUACCGUAAGUUCAUUUUACAUCUUUUUUUUUAUUGUUUAACUUUUAUAAAACUUUGAAUUCUUCUGUAUAGAUGAUCGUGCACCUUAUGUAUAUCUGCUGGUAUUUGAAAAUUGUGUCAGGUUUACUUCUUUUUUCUAUUUUCUUUAUGACACAUUUUCACAGUUUUACUUACACAAUUACUAAUUUUCAUUCCCUGAUUUAUAGCCAUGUAUUUUAUUCACUUUAUUAGGGACAGAGCCAGCGACCGCUGGAGGUCCCUAUUGAAACUGCUGUUUCUUAUUAUUAUUUUUAGCGACUUCGACUGCGUUUUUGCCCCCCUGAACAUAUACGAAAACUCAAUUUUAUUUGGCAAAGUGGUCAGGCCUGGCGAAAAAUUUUAUAUUCUAUGUGUCGCUUUCAGGUUGGCCACUAGGUGGCGCUACUAUCAUAAAAAGUGCGUUUAGGCUGGAUAACUU